GACAACCAUGGUUCAUUGGCAAGCUAGCUCCAAACGGCUAAUGACCUCAUUUUUUGAAAUAGUGAUUAUAGUCUAAUAUGCUAAUUACCAAUACAAACCUAUUGACAACUGUAUUACAGACGAGCUGCUAAGUCGUAACUGAAGUGUCAGCGGUCGGAACAAUUUGAGACAUUGCUGAGCCUUACGGAGAACGUUGUUCAUAAUCCAUGGCUCUGGACUGAUGCCUGGAGGGAUGCGGCUCCAUUGGCUGCUCCUCGGGGCUUGCGGCUGGGUGCUGCUGAUUCUCAUGUUUGUCAGCAAGUACAACUUCUUCAGAGCUGUAGACGACUAUGGAGAAAAAGCUGGUCAGAGUUGGACUGCGCCAGGAAUCAUGGUUAAUAAAAGCAGACCUGCUCCACCACCUGCAGAUAAGCCCUCAGAAGCCCCUACUUUGACAGACUGGCAGUCUGUCAUUGACCAUCGACGAGAAUUGCUCUCAAGUGUGUGCAAGAACAACAGCCUAAAGAAUCUGACCCACGUAUCUAUCAGCAAGUUUGUCCUCGAUCGCAUCUUUGUUUGUGACAAACACAAGAUCUUGUUCUGCCAAACACCCAAAGUUGGCAACACACAGUGGAAAAAGGUCCUAAUUGUUCUAAAUGGAGAAUUUCCUACUGUGGAGGAGAUUCCUGAAAACCUGGUUCAUGACCAUGAGAAAAAUGGGUUACCUCGCCUCUCGUCACUUUCACCACAGGAAAUAACUCAAAGAUUAAACACCUACUUUAAGUUUCUUAUAGUGAGAGAUCCUUUUGAGCGUCUGAUUUCUGCAUUUAAAGACAAAUUUGUUAUAAACCCACGCUUUGAGCCUUGGUACAAACAUGACAUUGCUCCGGCAAUCAUUCGCAAGUACCGCAAGAGCCACCGUGACACGGGCCAUGCCACCUCUGGUUUACGUUUUGAGGACUUUGUCCGUUACUUGGGAGAUGUGGACGGUCGUCGCCGUAUGGACAGACAGUUCGGCGAGCACAUCAUUCACUGGGUGACGUACGUGGAGCUCUGCGCCCCUUGUGAAAUAAGCUACGAUGUGGUUGGUCACCACGAGACACUGGAGCAGGAUGCGCCCCACAUCCUCAGAGCGGCUGGUGUCGAUCGGCUGGUGACCUACCCCAGCAUUCCUCCAGGAAUCACCCGCUACAACAGGUCCAAGGUGGAGAACUACUUCUCCCCUAUCAGUAAGCGAGACAUUCGCCGUCUGUACUCAAGAUACCAGGGGGACUUCCAGCUUUUUGGUUAUGCAAGACCCGACUUUAUACUGAAUUUAAAUAAUUGACACAAACACGACAGAGGGUUUUUUUAAUCCUUGGCAAACUCUGCUCUGGAUUGAAGUUCAAGAAAUAUGUGAAAGUUGUGUGUGCACUGCUGCUCUGUCUCAGAAAAAGUUAAUGUCCUAUUUUGUGGAAACGUUGAGGAACUCUGUCAUGCAAUCUACUGUAUAGGAGUUUUUGGCCCCCAACUCAGGUAUGGCCAGAAAGUUCUUAGACUGAGAAAAAAACACUAAUGUCAUAAUGUCACUAACAUAUGUAGGCUCAAGUUGUGUGUGUCUUGUUUAUCUUGACCAUUAUGGUUACCAAUAAUUUUUAUUAAUAGGUCCAUUAACUACAUAUGUUUCAUAGCUUGGAGUUGCAUGAUGGACAGAGGUCAUGUUAUUCCAGAAUAAUCUGUACAUGUACAUUUAGAGUACUGACAAAGCAGCCUGGUACUACAUUCGACAGAGUACAAAUAUACAGUAUGUUGGUCUCGGCACAUGUAUUUUGGAUACAUGCACCCAGCAACAGCAUCUCCAGUGAGAUUUCUGUAUCUCAGCUGAGAUUAAAGCUCUGGUCUGUGGCCACCGUAGGGAAAUCUGGGUAAUUGCCAAAACACUGCCUUUACCCCAGCAUGACGUAUGAACACCUACCCCAGGUGAAAUACCGCAUUAAUUAUAUUAGUUUAUUAUUAAAACGGCAGUGCAAGCAUUUGUGUACACAUUAGCGGAAGAAACACUUAAUGUUAUUAAUCUGUGUUCUCCAGUAAUCCGACAGGGUUCUAUUUUCACUCAAGAUUUUUAUCUGUAUUGUGUGAGUUCCUAUGACAAUAGUUUCAUUUUAUGGGGCUUUUUUUUAAACAAAGGACAAACUCUGUGUGGAGAAGUUCACAAUGAGUUACAGGGAAAUGUAAAAACCAGUUACUACCUUAUAUUCAACAAAUGGGUGUAGUUAAACGUGUCAGGGAUGAGCCUUAUUGUAGCUGACUUUCUUUUGCACUGUGGGUUCCAACAUCACAUUUUAAAUUGUCAAAAGUUAGAAAUAGUGCAAUGCUUUUUUUCCAAAUGUUUCUUUUUUUUCCUGUGUUACCAGCUGUUAGUCGUUACAUUUGCUGAGAUGAUUCUUUCAGGAGCAACACCAUUUAGAGAAUGAAAGGAGGGAUAAAGGAAAAGAUAUGGGUCGACCGGGAUUAUCGGACAUCCCUAAAUUAAACAUUACUAGCUGGAGUGUUUGGACUGAGAAUGGCUUAAUAAGUUUUUGUCAUGUCCAUUAGCCAUUGUAACAACACAGAAUAUCAAUAGCAAUGGUAAGACACUGAUUGUAGUGUAACAUAUUUCCAAAUAGCUAACAUCACUGUUGUAGCCCAUAGGAAAGCAUUUCUUGAGAUAAUGCUGUACAAAUUAUUAUCCUUAUUAAUAAUUAUUAACUUGUAACAAAAUCAGACUGGUACCAAGACCAGAAUUUGGUCAUUGAUUUCCAGCACAGAGACUGACAGUUGUGAAAACAGUGAGUGUGCUGUAGGUUUGAUACUUCGUACAUUUGCAGAAUCACUUUUAAUUUAUAAUUAUAAUGAAGGAUUUCACCUUAUGUUCAACUGCUUGCUGACUUGUAAGCCUGGUGACUGUGACAUUAGGACACUGGUUGGUAAUAAACAUCCUUGUGAACAUAA